AAAGAAUUUUGGCUUUUGCUGCAUUUGAUUCAUUUUUUAUAGGAUUGAAUAUCUCCCCAACUGAAAGAUAUGAGCAAACGAAAAGCUCCAGAAAGUGUUGGUCCAAACAAAGCUUUCUGUGAAUUUCUUUUAGAGUUGGCUGAUUAUGAGAAAAAUGUGAGCCGAAACAUCCACAAGUAUAAUGCAUAUCGUACUGCUGCCAGUACUCUUUCACGUCAUCCCGUCAAAAUCAGUAAUGGAAAGGAAGCAAAAGCUCUUCCUGGAAUUGGGCAGAAAAUAGCCGAUAAAAUCGAUGAAUUCAUUCAGACGGGGAAGUUAGAAAAGCUUGAAAAGAUACGUGCCGAUGAUAGCAGUCAAGCCAUUACUUUGCUCACAAAAGUGUUUGGAAUAGGUCCAGCUACUGCCCAAAAGUUUGUUAGUGGAGGAAUUACAAGUAUUGAAGAUCUGCAAAAAAAUAUUAACAAACUAAAUAAUCAACAGAAAAUUGGUUUGAAGUAUUUUGAGGAUUUUGAGAAGAAAAUUCCACGGGAAGAAAUGAAAAGUUUAGAGGAAAAAAUAUUGAAAACCUGUCAUAAAUUAGAUAAAAGAUAUGUGGCUGCAGUUUGCGGCAGUUAUAGAAGAGGGGCUUCUGAGAGUGGUGAUAUAGACAUCCUUUUGACACACCCCCAUUACACUUCAACUGGUGGAAAGCAGCCGCAUCUACUGAAAGAUGUUGUGAAGCAAUUGGAAAAGGAGCAACUGAUUGUUGAACAGAUUACUCUGAGUGAAACAAAAUUUAUGGGUGUGUGUCGGCUGAAAGAAGGAUGUCCAUAUCGAAGGAUUGAUAUCAUGAUGUUUCCAGAAGAUCAGUAUUUCUGUGCCAUUCUUUACUUUACCGGAAGCAAUCUCUUCAACCAGCAGAUGCGAGCUCAUGCGGUGGAACAAGGCUUCACCAUCAACGAGUUUUGCAUACGGCCAAUAGGAUCGAGAGGUACUCCUGGAGAACCAUUACCUGUAACGUCUGAAAAAGACAUCUUUGAAUACAUUAAUUACCCAUACAAGGAGCCUACAGAAAGAAAUAUUUAAUUGGCUAUGUGUUGCUUUUGUUUGCAUUUUGCUAGAGUUUUCAAAAGGAACCUUUUUUUUUUUUUUCAUUUUGCAACCACAUCAUUUUUUGCAUUUCUACCAAG